ACCUACGUCGUUUUUGCCGCGGUCAGCACUGGAAGCGGCAGAAAAUACACGGACUUGCAUCCGCACCUUAUGUCCACUGGGAUAAUCGCCAUUCUUGUUCUGCGAAACAGCUCUGAGCUCUUCAGGAGGUAUUAUAGCAAAUUCUUCGUGUGGGUCGGCCAAUUUGCCCUUGAGCUCUUUGUAACACAGUACCACAUGUGGAUUACAGGGCCCAGCGGUGCAAGUGUAAUUGCCUUUAUACCAAAGUACAAACCGAUCAACUUUGUUCUAACGACAGCCAUAUUUUUUGGCUUUUGUCGCAGAAUCCACGAAAUCACGCAGUGGUUGACUUCAUUUCUAUUGCCCUAG